GGGUGCGGCGGCCGCGACUCUUUGACGCCAACGAGACCAGAUCAAUCUGGGCAGCUGCAAAACGAUGCUGCUGUUGGGCUUUUUUAUGUAGGCGAAGAAAUCUCUUGUUGGAUUUGUUAGCAAGGUUGAUCCCUUGCCUUUGAACUUUGAGAAACGGCAUUACACUGGGAACCUUAUGGCACCCAACCUUGUAUUUUGUGUGAAUAUGGAGGACCAGGACCAUUUUAAAGAUGCAGUCUUGCAUGCAGAAUCAGCUGGCAAUUUGAGGCAGCCUUCUUGAAACUUUUUUAUAGUAAAAGGGUGUUCAUUGUGCUAGGACAGAAACUUGAGAUAGCUGCAUUUCAUCUGGGAAUGAUAGUCUUGAAACAACAUUUUGAAUAGUCAAGAUUAAACAGAGGGUGAAAACAGAACCUGUUUGGCAGAUUUCAUACUUUUACACACACUUUGAGUUCUGACAACCUCAUUUGCAGUUAGUUAACGUGGACUGGUCAGCAUGAAUGUGACAAGCUUAUUCUCCUUUACUAGUCCAGCUGUUAAAAGGCUGCUGGGCUGGAAACAAGGAGAUGAAGAGGAGAAAUGGGCAGAAAAAGCUGUAGAUGCACUAGUAAAGAAACUAAAAAAGAAGAAAGGUGCCAUGGAGGAGCUAGAAAAAGCUCUAAGUUGUCCUGGGCAGCCUAGCAACUGUGUCACCAUUCCUCGCUCUCUAGAUGGCCGUUUGCAGGUUUCUCAUAGAAAAGGGUUACCACAUGUUAUCUAUUGCCGUGUAUGGCGUUGGCCAGAUCUACAGAGUCAUCAUGAACUGAAACCACUGGAGUGCUGUGAAUUCCCUUUUGGAUCAAAGCAGAAGGAAGUUUGCAUUAACCCUUACCACUAUAAACGUGUGGAAAGCCCAGUUCUUCCUCCAGUGUUGGUUCCUAGGCACAGUGAGUUUAACCCUCAACACAGCCUUUUGGCGCAGUUCCGCAACAUGGGACAAAAUGAACCUCAUAUGCCACAUAAUGCCACUUUUCCAGAUUCUUUCCAGCAGCCCAACAGUCAUCCUUUCCCUCACUCGCCCAACAGUAGUUAUCCUAAUUCUCCAGGGAGCAGCAGCACCUAUCCUCAUUCUCCUGCUAGUUCUGAUCCUGGAAGCCCUUUCCAGAUGCCAGCCGACACACCACCUCCUGCUUACAUGCCUCCUGAAGAUCAGAUGACCCAGGAUGGCUCUCAGCCAAUGGACACAAAUAUGAUGGCUCCACCCAUCCCUCCAGAAAUAACUAGUAGAGAUGUUCAGGCAGUUGCUUAUGAAGAGCCAAAACACUGGUGCUCCAUUGUGUACUAUGAACUCAACAAUCGUGUAGGGGAAGCAUUCCAUGCCUCAUCUACAAGCGUUUUGGUGGAUGGUUUCACUGACCCUUCAAACAACAGAAACCGAUUCUGCCUUGGACUGCUGUCCAAUGUUAACCGCAACUCCACCAUUGAAAAUACAAGGCGGCACAUUGGCAAAGUUAUGUGGUCUCUCUGUUUCCCAGGAGUUCAUCUGUAUUAUGUUGGUGGAGAAGUCUAUGCUGAAUGCCUCAGUGACAGCAGCAUUUUUGUACAGAGUAGAAACUGCAAUUUCCACCAUGGUUUCCAUCCGACCACAGUCUGCAAGAUUCCCAGUGGCUGCAGUCUGAAAAUUUUCAACAAUCAAGAGUUUGCUCAGCUUUUAGCUCAGUCUGUGAACCAUGGUUUUGAAACUGUAUAUGAACUCACCAAGAUGUGCACCAUUCGUAUGAGUUUUGUAAAGGGUUGGGGUGCAGAAUACCAUCGCCAGGAUGUAACCAGUACCCCUUGUUGGAUUGAAAUUCAUCUGCAUGGCCCUCUGCAGUGGCUCGAUAAAGUACUUACUCAGAUGGGGUCACCUCUUAAUCCCAUCUCUUCUGUGUCCUAAAGGAUGUCCCAAGAUUUUGCUUGCAAGUUUGAACAUUGGAUGUACUUGAAGGAUUGAUAAAUUGGGCACAUUUUUGUCUGGAAGAGGCUUUGCAAGAGCCUAAACAAUACUUGAUCUGUGACCAACUGUUGCAUAUGGACACAUGCUCUAUGUAAAAUACUGCUGGUAUGAACAAGAUUAGUUUACACUGUAGUGUCACAAACCUGAUUAUCAUCUUUUAUUGAGAUGAUAAAUAUUGCUACACUAAUACAGAAGUGGACAAGCAAGAAAGAAAAAAACUUUGUGAACUAAAUCAUUAGAUUGCUAUAUACUUUGCUGUGAGGUCAGCAUUUUCAGCAGUGUAAUUCUCCUUGAUAUGGACUUGAGGGGAAAAAAGGCCUGUUGCAGACUUGGAUCAAUUUAGUUUUUUUUAGGCUUCGUAUGUAUUACAGAAUAAUUUUAGACAUAGAUACAGUACUUCAAAAUAGUCGUUACCUUAACCUGUGUAAUCUUUGUAUAGGUGUUUAAACAGCACAGCAGUUGACAAAGUAAUGGUAUUCUCUUCCAUGGGUGGGGGUAGAAACACUGCAGUCAAAAUGAAAGCAUAUCCUGACAUUAUAAAAAUGAUGGGACUUGGUCAAGGAAUUCUGAGGAGUCUAAGCUGUCAUCUGAAGUUAGUGAAGUGAAACGGUUGCCACAGUUGAAACCAAAAGCUAUCUGAAUUUUACUGUGGAUUUUACGUAAAUGUUUUGGCUAUUUUUUAUUUCUUUUGUUCAGGAUCCAUUUGCUUUUUUCAUUGUUUACCUGCUUGCCCAGGAAUGUAGGACUUUUGCCUGCGAACUUUAAACAGGUGUUGUAGCAUAUCAUUUCUGCAGUCCUGGGUUAACUAAAUUUGUGUUUUGAUGUGCGGGUGGUGCUAGCCCUCCCCUUUUUAUGCUUAUGCUGGUCAGCAAAUAUAUGCAGUUGCAUUACAGAACUGAGCUUCAGACUUCUAAUGUUGUUGCCCCUAAGUGUUGCCAGCCUCAGUACCUAUUUAAGUGUAGGCAGGUGAAAAAAUGCCUGUAUUAAUUGGUUUUGGACUUAAUUUUAUACAUUUUUACCUUUUUGUACUUUUUUCGGCUCUUUUAUAUGCACUUUUACACUUUUAAGCUGUAGUAUUCCCAGGAGACGGUCUUAUUCCAGAAACAAGUUUCUGCUAGAAAAUUCCAGUAAGCAGUGUAAUGAUUGUCCUGUUUUUGGAAUAAUGUGAAUUAUGAGCUGUCCUGCAUAUCCCAUUAAAAUCAGUGGUAUGUUUUACUAGUUGAGCAACUUAAGUCCCUUGUGAGUUCUCAAGUUUAAUUAGUAAUUGGAUUGCUGAGGAAAAAUGUUUGAAAAAUUAGCUGUGUACUGGGAAAACCUGGAUCUGAAGUAUCAUAUUCAAAAAUUAAUGUAGUAUGGAUUGUGUUGUGUAGAAGUGUGGAUGUUUCAUCAAACCAUGGACUAGUAAAGUCAUUUUAAGCUUC